AAGGCACCACUCCCCGCUACCUACCGAGGUGCCUCCUGCAGGCUCCUUACCGCAAGCCUGCAAACUCGCCCUGCCGGGCUCGGAGUGCAAUUAGACUUUGGGGUGGUUUGGCUCUCCGGCUUUCCGUAGCCUCUGGCCCCGCCCCCUAGCAACGCGCUGGCUUGUGUUAACAACCGGCCGGGGAUCAGAUGCCUGGGUCAGCUGGGGGGCUGCAGCGGCGCUACGCGGACUGUAUGGCGGUGGCCUAGGCCCGUGGCGGAAUUUUGGGACCUUUCGCGACUCUAGCGACUCUCAGGCUGCCUUCCCUUCUCGGUGGCGGGGCCUCUUUGGGCCCAGCGACUGCGGGCGCACUGUAGGACAGGAAGAUCCCCCCACUCUCCACCCCGCCGCCACAGGCCAUGUGGACAGAGGAAGCCGGGGCGACCGCCGAGGCCCAGGAAUCCGGCAUCAGGAACAAGUCUAGCAGUUUCAGUCAAAUCCCGGUGGUUGGGGUGGUGACGGAGGACGAUGAGGCGCAGGGUGUUUUCAAGCCUAUGGACCUUAAUCGUGUCAUCAAACUCCUCGAAGAGACUGAUAAAGAUGGCUUGGAAGAAAAACAACUUAAAUUUGUCAAGAAACUGGUACGGUGUUAUCAGAAUGGACUUCCAUUAAGGGAUUUAGCACAGAUAUUUAAAAUUCUGAAUCUGUGUGCAGGAAAAAUAAAAAACCAGCCUCAUUUUAUAGAAUCUGCAUAUGAUAUCAUAAAACUGUGUGGCUUGCCAUUUUUGAAAAAGAAAGUGUCGGAUGAAAUAACUUAUGCUGAAGAUACUGCUAAUUCAAUUGCACUUCUGGGUGACUUAAUGAAAAUACCAAGUUCUGAAUUGAGGAUACAAAUUUGUAAGUGUAUUGUUGAUUUUUAUCAUGCAGAACCACCAAAGAAGCAUAUUCCAGGUUACCAGCAAGCGAGUUCAUCAUACAAGAUUCAAAUGGCUGAAGUUGGAGGAUUAGCAAAAACAAUGGUCCAGUCAAUGACCUUGCUUGAAAAUCAACUUGUUGAGAAGCUUUGGGUACUUAAAGUUCUGCAGCAUCUCUCAACUUCUGAAGUUAAUUGUACUAUAAUGAUGAAAGCACAAGCAGCCAGUGGAAUCUGUACUCACCUCAAUGACCCAGAUCCCUCUGGACAGCUUUUAUUUCGUUCAUCAGAAAUACUUUGGAACUUGCUGGAAAAAUCUUCCAAAGAAGAAGUCAUACAACAGCUUAGUAACUUGGAAUGUUUGCUGGCUUUGAAGGAAGUAUUUAAAAAUCUGUUUAUGAGAGGUUUCAGUCAUUAUGACCGUCAGCUUAGAAAUGACAUAUUAGUGAUCACUACAAUUAUAGCUCAAAAUCCUGAAGCACCAAUGAUUGAAUGUGGCUUUACCAAGGAUUUGAUACUGUUUGCCACCUUUAAUGAAGUUAAAAGUCAAAAUCUUUUGGUAAAAGGACUUAAGCUUUCUAAUUCCUAUGAAGAUUUUGAGUUGAAGAAAUUACUAUUCAAUGUAAUUGUGAUCUUAUGUAAAGAUUUACCUACUGUACAGCUAUUAAUUGAUGGCAAAGUUAUUUUGGCUUUGUUUACCUAUGUUAAGAAGCCAGAGAAACAAAAAAUAAUUGACUGGUCUGCAGCACAGUAUGAAGAAUUACAACUGCAUGCAAUUGCCACUUUGUCAUCAGUGGCUCCUUUAUUAAUAGAAGAAUACAUGUCAUGCCAGGGAAAUGCUCGAGUCCUUGCAUUUCUAGAAUGGUGUGAGAGUGAAGAUCCGUUUUUCAGUCAUGGUAACAGUUUUCAUGGUACAGGUGGCCGAGGCAACAAGUUUGCCCAGAUGCGUUACAGUUUAAGACUCCUGAGAGCCAUGGUCUACCUUGAAGAUGAGACUGUAAACAAAGAUCUUUGUGAAAAGGGAACAAUUCAGCAAAUGAUAGGAAUCUUUAAAAAUAUAAUAAGCAAGCCUAAUGAAAAGGAAGAAGCCAUUGUUUUGGAAAUCCAGUCUGAUAUAUUACUUAUCCUAUCUGGUCUUUGUGAGAAUCACAUUCAAAGGAAGCUCCAAGCUUUGAUUCAACUUCUCAUCGUAUUCUACCACCCGGUGCCUGGGCUCCUCUGGAAAAAUAAUCAUAAUCUUGCUUACUGGGAACCAGAACUGAACAGCAAGGCAAUGAGAAAGGAAAUUUUCGGAACUGAAGGAGUAGAUAUAGUUCUUCAUGUGAUGAAAACAGACCCCAGGAAGUUACAGAGUGGCUUAGGCUAUAAUGUACUUCUUUUUAGUACAUUGGACAGCAUUUGGUGCUGUAUUUUGGGAUGUUAUCCUUCAGAGGAUUAUUUUCUUGAAAAGGAAGGCAUUUUUCUCCUUUUGGAUUUGUUAGCAUUGAACCAAAAAAAAUUCUGUAAUCUAAUACUUGGAAUAAUGGUUGAAUUUUGUGAUAAUCCCAAAACUGCAGCUCAUGUCAAUGCUUGGCAAGGGAAGAAGGAUCAGACAGCUGCUAGUCUUUUAAUUAAAUUGUGGAGAAAGGAGGAAAAAGAACUAGGAGUAAAACGUGAUAAAAAUAGGAAGAUCAUUGAUACAAAAAAACCUCUAUUUACUAGCUUUCAAGAAGAGCAAAAAAUCAUCCCACUGCCUCCUAACUGCCCAUCUAUUGCGGUUAUGGAUGUUUCUGAGAAUAUUAGAGCAAAAAUUUAUGCUAUAUUGGGCAAACUAGAUUUUGAAAAUUUACCUGGCCUAUCUGCUGAAGAUUUUGUCACCCUUUGUAUCAUACAUAGAUAUCUUGAUUUUAAAAUUGGAGAAAUAUGGAAUGAAAUUUAUGAAGAAAUAAAAUUAGAAAAAUUAAGACCAGUCACUACAGAUAAAAAAGCUUUGGAAGCUAUUAUAACAGCAUCAGAAAAUAUUGGAAAGAUGGUUGCUUCUCUGCAAAGUGAGAUAAUUGAAAGCCAAGCACGCCAAGAUGUUCAAAAUGAACAAAAAGUAUAUGCAAAAAUACAGGCCACGCACAAGCAAAGAGAGCUGGCUAAUAAAUCAUGGGAAAAUUUCUUGGCUAGAACAUCAAAUGCUAAAACGUUAAAGAAAGCAAAAAGGCUUCAAGAAAAAGCUAUAGAAGCCUCCAGACACCAUAAACGCCCACAAAAUGCAAUAUUUCACCAAACAGAUAUUAAAGGCCUUAACACAACGGUGCCUUCUGGUGGGGUAGUAACAGUGGAAAGCACUCCUGCCCGAUUAGUAGGAGGACCUCUGGCUGAUACGGAUAUUGCUCUUAAAAAACUGCCCAUUCGAGGAGGAGCCUUGCAGAGGGUGAAAGCAGUUAAAAUUGUGGAUACACCAAAAAAGAGUAUUCCUACGUAAUAUACUGUAGAGACUUUUUGAAAUAAAAUCAGCUUGUAAUUUUUUAGCUGAAUAUAUCUUUAUACAUAUGUAAAGCCAAUAUUUUAGAAUAAGUAUUUUAGUAUACAUAUUUUAGUAAAAUACUAUAAAAAUAAAAGGACAUAUAAUUUAUUUUUAUGGAAAACAUCAUUAUGUAAUAUCAGAAGAGUUGUCAUCAGUUUCUUUGGAAAGGCUACUAAUUUUAUUAAGUGAAAUUGUAAAACAUAGUACAUUAGUUAGGACUCUGUUGGUUGCAUGUAAACUAUUCUAACUAGUUUAAGUCAGGAAAAAAAAAUUUCUUACAGGCUCUAUAUCUAUCAAAUCUAGGAGAAAUUUAGACUACAGGCAUUGCUGAAUCUAAGGACUAAAACUAUAUGAGUAGGAUCUUCUCCUUCCCUAGCAGCUCCUGGCUUACAUUCUCUUAGGUUCAUGCCUGUGUCUCUGCGGUUUCUGCAACUGCCUAUGCAUCUCAGGACCCGAUUGCCCACAUGCCUACUCCUGAGCCACUCACCGUGACUUUGGCCAUGGCUGAGUACUGCCUAUUCCUGGAGCCAGAAGCAGGGCAACUCCAUCCAAAACAUAUGGAUAGAGUGGGGAAUCAGGGUACUAUUAUCAGAAGCAAGUAUAUAUGAAUAUUGGGCAGCAAGAUAAGCAAUAACUGCAACAAAUAUGUUGGUCAAAAUAAAAUUAUGUUUUCUCUGCUAUAAAAGCAAAUGUUAGUCAUGAGCUAAAUGGUAAAAAGGAAAGAGAAAAAUACAGCUGGUUUUACUCUUAAUAUAUAAAUAUACAAAGCAAACUCUAA